CGUUUGCCGGGAGUCGAACCCGGGUCUAUUGCUUGGAAGGCAAUUAUCCUAACCGUUGGACUACAAACGCUUCUUGUUGAUGGUUUUUCCACUCUCUAUUAAUUUUAACAUUGAUCACUACUUGCUUUAUUGAACCCUGCGUGUCCACGCUGCAAUUCCUGUGUGUUCAUUUUGUGUGUGGGGUGAAGCCAUCAGCCAUCAGCCAUGGAGGGUAUUCCUUUGAGGACUACGAUGCCUUCAACGUCAACUCCUCACGCUCACAAUCAUGCUUUCGCAAUCAAAACAAGAUCAACAUCAACCCUCCAUCUUAGAAGAAUUCGCCCUCUACGCUUUGCUAUUAGGGCUAAAAUAUCUGAAACUGAAUUCCAAGAUUUUCAGCGAUAUGCGAGACCAUUGAAUCUUUUACCAGCAUCGGAAGUGAAAGUAUGCACAGAUACCUCAAUACAAAAAGUUUCUUCAUCUCUGAAGGAUGAUAAGUCCAAAUCAUUAUUCAGGGUCAAGUUAGGUACCAGCAAUGCAUAUGGUUCAAGUUUAAGCGAUCCCAGUGCUGGAAUUCUUCUGUGCUUGAUAGACGAACAUGGAAAUUCCAUAUUGCAGAGAAUACCUGCAUGUUCGUCGAUGGACCAUUCUAUGGAGUCAGGUGAUACAAAUAAUACUGACAUGCUUCACUUCCAAAGAGGUUCUGUUAAUGAAUACAUCUUUGAGGGUCCAAAAAUUGCAAAACUUGAAGCUCUUUGGGUUAGUGUUGAAUCAGGUCAGUGGCGUUUAGGAAGUGUCUCCUUAUCGGUUAUUAGUUGUGAAGCGCAAUCGUCACUGCCAGAAGAUGGGACACAGCGGUACAUUGGAUUCCAGUACGGCUUUCAGAUUGACAAUGUGUUGCUUGGUGAGGGAAGUGAUCUCCCCAUGUUGGAGCUAAGGCCAAGCCUUGUGACUGAAUUGGAAGGGACUGAUCCCACCAGCUUCUUCAGCAAUGGGCUUUAUGACUUAUCUUCGCCUUCAAGUUCUAACGUCACAAAUGAAGAGAGCAUGAGGGAGUAUGCAGAUUUGAAGUUCUCAUUGCUGUUUUACGAUGCCAUGCUGACAGCUUUUGGCGCAUCGGUCACUUCAGUCUUGGCUGGAGAAAAUGCUGGAAUUGCUUUCUUGAUUGGCGGGGUUGGCGGCUUCCUGUAUCUGCUACUAUUGCAGAGAUCAGUGGAUGAGUUACCUGCUUCAGAGUUGAUCUCAAGCAACAAGGAAGGAACAAAUUCGCCAUUCAAAGGAAUAAAGGGUCCAAUAGCAAGCGUGGCAUUAGCAUUUAUAUUUGCUGUGCUUGCAGCGAGGUAUAGUUCAGGAGAUGUUCAACUCAUGCUGACACCAAAGGAUCUCAUAGUUGGAAUGAUUGGAUUUCUUGCGUGUAAAAUAUCCGUGGUGUUAUCUGCAUUUAAGCCUAUCAGACCAGGUCUUAAGUUGCCAAGUGAUAUGUAAUAUAAUACUUACAAAUUACCAAUACCAUAGUCAUUACUAUGUAAAUGCUCACUCCUUUUUGCUUC